AUGGAACCAUUUGCCUCAAGUCAGUCUGAAGUAUGGGAUGCAACUGCAUCAGAUCCAAAGCUGUUGGUAUAUCUAAAAUCAUACCGGAACACUGUUGCUGUACCGCGACACUGGUGCCAGAAAAGGAAAUUUUUACAGGGAAAGAGAGGUAUUGAGAAGCAACCUUUUCAACUUCCUGACUUCAUUGCUGCCACAGGAAUCGAGAAAAUUAGACAAGCAUACAUUGAAAAGGAGGACAGUAAAAAAUUGAAGCAAAAGCAGCGUGAAAGAAUGCAGCCUAAAAUGGGAAAGAUGGACAUUGAUUAUCAGGUUCUUCAUGAUGCCUUCUUCAAGCAUCAGACUAAACCUAAAUUGACAACUCAUGGUGAUUUAUAUUACGAGGGGAAGGAAUUUGAGGUUAAAUUGCGAGAAAUGAAGCCUGGGACAUUGUCACAGGAAUUAAAAGAGGCUCUUGGCAUGCCUGAAGGCGCCCCUCCUCCAUGGCUCAUCAAUAUGCAGAGGUACGGUCCCCCACCUUCUUAUCCUCAUCUGAAAAUUCCAGGGCUUAAUGCCCCUAUUCCACCUGGAGCUAAAUUUGGCUACGGACAUGGAGACUGGGGGAAACCUCCUGUGGAUGAAUAUGGCCGUCCCCUCUAUGGAGAUGUUUUUGGUGUUCUGCAAAAUGAUCAACCCAAUUAUGAGGAGGAACCAGUCGACAAGACAAAGCACUGGGGAGAUUUGGAGGAAGAGGAAGAGGAAGAAGAAGAAGAGGAAGAAGAGCAAGAGGAAGAAAUGGAUGAAGCUGAGCUGGAAGAUGGUAUUCAGUCUGUUGAUAGUCUUUCAAGUACACCGACGGGCGUUGAAACUCCUGAUGUUAUUGAUCUUCGGAAGCAACAAAGAAAGGAACCUGACAGGCCACUUUAUCAAGUGCUUGAAGAAAAGGAAGAGAAGAUAGCACCGGGAACUUUGCUUGCUCCAGGCCAUACGUAUGUGAUUAACACAGGCGCACAGGACAAAACUGGUGCUAAAAGAGUUGAUUUGCUGAGAGGCCAGAAAUCAGACAAAGUUGACGUUACAUUAGCACCGGAGGAGUUGGAUGUCUUGGACAAUGUAUUGCCAGCCAAGUAUGAGGAAGCUAGAGAAGAGGAGAAAUUGCGGACCCAGCGGGAGGAUUUCAGUGACAUGGUUGCCGAGAAUGAGAAGAAGAGGAAACGGAAGAUGCAGGACAAGGAGAACAAAUCAAAGAAGAAGGAUUUCAAAUUUUAG